UAAAGUGUCAGAUCUAUGUCGUAACUUACUCAAAUCGCCACACUUACAAACACGUUAGUAUUACUUGUGGCCGUCGGCAGCUGACAUGGACCACAUUAAAGAUGGAUGGUUUACAGAAAAAUGCACGUUAUGGCCCGGCCAGGCGAUGAGCCUUCAAGUGGAGGAGGUCCUCUACAACAAGAAAUCCAAAUUUCAAGAUGUUAUGGUUUUCAAGAGUAAAACCUAUGGGAAUGUCUUGGUGCUGGAUGGAGUGAUCCAGUGCACAGAGAGGGAUGAGUUUGCUUAUCAAGAGAUGAUCGCCAACCUUCCACUGUGCAGCCACCCUUCUCCCAAGAAGGUGCUGAUUAUUGGCGGCGGAGAUGGCGGUGUGCUGAGGGAAGUGGUGAAGAAUCCGCUGGUGGAGUCGGCGGUUCUUUGUGAGAUAGAUGAGGAUGUCAUUAACGUAUCGAAGAAGUUCCUCCCAGGGAUGGCCAAAGGGUUUUUCAGUCCCAAGCUCACCCUCCAUGUUGGAGAUGGCUUUGAAUUCAUGAAGCAGAACCAGGAUGCCUUCGACGUCAUUAUAACCGAUUCCUCAGACCCUGUCGGACCUGCUGAGAGUUUGUUCAAGGAGUCUUACUAUCAGCUGAUGAAGGCGGCAUUGAGAAAUGGUGGAAUUCUUUGUUCCCAGGGAGAGUGUCAGUGGCUCCAUUUGGAGCUGAUAAAGGAGAUGCGAACCUUCUGCAAGACCCUAUUCCCUGUGGUGGAAUAUGCCUACAGCACCAUCCCAACUUAUCCCAGUGGCCAAAUUGGAUUCAUGCUCUGCAGUAAAAAUCCUGAAACACAUUUCAAGGAACCAGUGAAAGCGCUGUCAGAAGAAGAAAUGGAACAUAUGAACCUUAAAUAUUACAACCCUGAAAUUCACAAAGCAUCAUUCGUCCUCCCCGAGUUUGCAAGAAAGGUGCUCAGUGAAGCAUGACCAGCACCAACAGGUUCAACCUCUACCUGGCCCUCAAACCACAAAUAAACAACCUUGUUCUAUGGCUUCUUCACUUCCUCUGCACCACUCAACCACCUAAGGAGUUUUACAGGUGGGGGGCAACUAAUAAUCAGGGGGUGGGAACUUGCUGAGUUAUACAGAGAAAGUGUUCUUGUUUGUUCCACUGUUUCCUUCCUUCCAGUCUUACAUGAGUCUCAGUGUUUGUUUUUCUGAUGUAUUUGGUUUUUAAUUCUUACUCUGUAAUUGUCUUAGCAUCUCGUGAAGAGCAAUUUAAUUUUUACUGUGGGAAGAGCAUUGCCAUCAAACCUGACCUCACUCUGAAACUGUACUGUUUAUCGGAUUCACUGCAUCUACACAUUAUGCAAUAUAUACGUACCAUAUAGAGUAUGUAUAUGUAAUGCAUUACUGUACUUUUAUUUGUAAUGUUUCAGAUCAGUUUGUGCUCAUAGGGAAACACUGUUGCCAUCUGUCAUGACUGUAUGUUCAGAAUACUAAUGUGUCCUCUACACAUGAACCCUAUAGUGCCUGAAAUUGGUUGUUUAUUGUUAAAAAAGGAAAGUUGUUAUGUAUCUAUCAUAGUGUACCAGGCAGAUUGUGUCCGAGAUGAAAGCUCAAGAGUUGAGAAAAUUGUCCCUUUUGAAAUUUCAACAACUGAAUUUAAUUGAUGCUCAGGUUUGACCAUCAAUAUGUUGUGAACGACUUUAAUGUUAUGGUGUUUAAGAAAUAAAAUUAUGUAUGGCAUUGGAGAUUUGCAAUGCAGAAAGUGUCUUUAAAAUGUGAAUUCAUUAUGUUAUUCUAACUUGCAGUGUUGGGAUCUGACUACCGGUAGUAAACUUGUCCUGUAGGAAGCCUGUAUGCUGAGUCAUUAUAUCAUCAAACGUCUUAGUUACUACUGAUUAGUUGUAAAUCCACGUUCAGUAUUUGUUGAGAAAUAGUGUAAUACCUGUGCAACGAACUUGUGUUUUUA